AUGUCAACUUGGAGGGGGAGCCCGUCGGUGAAGGGGAGUACGGAGACCAUGCGCAUGCUCUUGCUGACAUGUGUCUCGGUUGGCAUCACCUUCACAUGGGGUGUUGAAAUGACCUACUGUACGCCCUACCUUCUCUCGCUGGGACUUACCAAGGGCCAAACAUCGCUCGUCUGGGUUGCCGGACCAUUAUCUGGCUUGAUCGUACAGCCCAUCAUAGGCGUUGUCGCUGAUCAAUCAAAGUCACGAUGGGGCAGAAGGCGACCUGUCAUCGUUAUUGGGUCCAUCAUCACAGCACUCGCUCUCAUGGCCUUGGGCUUUACCAAGGAGAUAGUGGCCUACUUUAUUUGGGAUCCGACGUAUGCAAGAGCGUGCACCAUCGCUGUUGCUGUCCUUUCGCUCUAUUGUGUUGACUUUGCCAUCAAUGCCGUAAUGUCUUGCGCUAGAAGCUUGGUUGUAGAUACUCUGCCUAUUCAAAAACAACAAAGUGGCGCAGCAUGGGCAAGCCGUAUGGGCUCACUUGGACAUAUCAUCGGCUACGGUAUGGGGGCGAUCGACCUUCUCCAGCUCUUUGGAACGUCUUUGGGAGACACACAAUUCAAGCAGCUUACCGUCAUCGCCGCCCUGGGGAUGCUCGUUACCUCUUCCGUAACCUGCUGGGCAGUGACCGAGCGGGUUCUCGUCACUGUCCGGCCCGAUCCUCGCCGCCAAUCGGGUCGUUUCAAAGUCGUGCGCCAAAUCGUGUCGACCCUCAUCACUUUACCUCCUCGCAUCCGCGCCAUCUGCUAUGCGGUCUUUUGGUCUUGGAUCGGCUGGUUCCCAUUCAUCAUCUACAGCAGCACCUGGGUAGGCGAAACCUACUUCCGGUACGAUGUGCCCGCCGACACCCGAGACUCGAGCGACGCUCUGGGCGACAUGGGCCGGAUCGGCAGCACUGCCCUGACCGUCUACUCGACCGUGACCUUCAUCAGCGCCUGGAUAUUGCCCCCCUUCAUCCGCGCGCCCGAGGACAACACCUUCACUCACCGCCCGCCCGCCAGCAUCGCCAGCCUCGUCGAGACGGUCAACAAGUACAAGCCCGACCUGCUCAGCGCCUGGAUCGCCAGCCACCUCAUGUUCGCCUUGGCCAUGUUUCUGACCCCCUUCGCCGCCUCGUUUCGCUUCGCCACCGUCCUGGUUGCCCUAUGCGGCAUCCCCUGGAGCAUCGCCAUGUGGGCACCCACCACGUUCCUGGGUGUCGAGGUCAACAAGCUCAGCGGCGCUCCCGACCCUAUACUUUCCACCAGCAGCAUCGAGAUGCGCUUCGUCAACGAGCCUGCCGCCGGCGCUGUUGAGGAGGUCACCACCGCAGGAAACAGCUCAACCGGCGAGCUAAGCGGCAUCUACUUUGGCAUUCUUAACAUCUACACCACCAUCCCGCAGUUCAUCGCGACAUUUAUGAGCAGCAUCGUCUUCGCCAUCCUGGAGCCGGGCAAGAGCCCGGAGCUGGCGACGGAUGCACAUCCAAGUGAGCACGCCAAGACGGACGGACCGAACGCGAUUGCUGUGUGCAUGUUCAUUGGAGCCAUCAGCUCGUUGGUGGCGGCGUACGCUACUGCUAAAAUGAGGGAUAUAUAAAAUGGAUGGGUUUUGCUUGGUCAUAUAAUAUCAAAUGCGUUUGGAUUACUUUUUCGCAGUCAUAGAAAAAAGGACGGAAUAGGAUAUGACGCACGUCCUUGGGCCACUUACUUGUCUCGGCUUGAAUAAGUGAUGUCUUGAGUAGUAUGAAAAAUUGACAGGAGAAAAGAUUCGGCA